UGCCUCUGCGCUGUGCAAUUCUCAUCGCCAAUAUGUCCCUUUCCAACAAACUGACCUUGGACAAGGUGGACCUGAAGGGGAAAAGGGUCAUCAUGAGAGUGGAUUUUAAUGUUCCUAUGAAGAACAAAGAGAUAACCAACAACCAGAGAAUCAAAGCUGCUCUUCCUAGCAUCAAAUACUGUUUGGAUAAUGGAGCUAAGUCUGUUGUUCUCAUGAGCCACUUGGGCCGGCCCGAUGGUAUCCCCAUGCCUGAAAAAUACUCUUUGGAGCCAGUGGCUGUGGAGCUCAAAUCCUUGUUGGGCAAAGAUGUUCUGUUUCUGAAGGAUUGUGUGGGUCCAGAAGUGGAGAAAGCCUGUACUGACCCACCUAACGGUUCCAUCAUUUUGCUGGAGAAUCUCCGCUUCCAUGUAGAAGAAGAAGGAAAAGGCAAAGAUGCUUCUGGGAACAAGAUCAAAGCAGAUCCAGCCAAAGUAGAAGCCUUCCAAGCUUCCCUCUCCAAGCUGGGGGAUAUCUAUGUCAAUGAUGCUUUUGGUACAGCUCACCGUGCUCACAGUUCCAUGGUGGGAGUGAAUUUGCCUCAGAAAGCAAGUGGUUUCCUCAUGAAAAAGGAGCUGACUUAUUUUUCCAAAGCCCUGGAGAGCCCAGAGAGGCCAUUCUUAGCCAUCUUGGGUGGAGCUAAAGUAGCAGACAAGAUCCAGCUGAUCAACAAUAUGCUAGACAAAGUCAAUGAGAUGAUCAUUGGAGGUGGGAUGGGUUACACCUUCCGCAAGGUGCUCAACAACAUGGAGAUUGGAACUUCUAUUUUUGAUGAAGAGGGGGCCAAGAUUGUCAAAGACCUGAUGGCCAAGGCUGAGAAGAAUGGUGUCAAGAUCACCUUGCCUGUUGACUUUGUCAUAGCGGACAAGUAUGAUGAGAAUGCCAAGAUUGGACAAGCCACCUUGGCCUCUGGUAUCCCUGCUGGAUGGAUGGGUUUGGACUGUGGCCCUGAGAGCAGCAAGAAGUAUGCAGAAGCUGUGGCCCGGGCCAAACAGAUUGUGUGGAAUGGACCUGUUGGAGUAUUUGAGUGGGAACCUUUUGCACAGGGAACCAAAGAGCUAAUGAACAAAGUGGUGGAGGCCACCAGCAGGGGCUGCAUCACCAUCAUAGGUGGUGGGGAUACUGCCACUUGCUGUGCUAAAUGGAACACUGAGGACAAAGUCAGCCAUGUGAGCACCGGGGGUGGGGCCAGUCUUGAGCUGCUGGAGGGCAAAAUCCUCCCUGGGGUGGCUGCUCUGAGCAAUGUCUAAAGGUUAGCGCUUUCCUGUCUGCUGGUUCCCGUGUACAACCCAUCAAAUUUGAACUGUCAGUACUUCCUGUCCCUCUCUCAUGGCCAUUAGGCAAGUUUCUCCCUCAAGACUCAACCAGUGGCCAGAAGAUGGGAUAAUGAGAGCCCCAGAAGUAACUCAACUCCUCUUGUUUCCUGGGUGUGCCUGUUGUCUAAUCUCACUUGAACUUACUUAGUCUGUCUAAACUAUUGUGGUUUGUAGAGUAUAAUAUAUGUAUAUAUUUAUAUUUUGCCUUUAGAAAGAAAAAAAGCAAAAGCCGCUGUUAGCCAUACUCUCUUGAAAUAGUUUGUUCUAUUCAGCUUUGUCAGCAGCUGUUUUUGUCAUUUCCCACACACAGUAUGGAAACAAGAAGAAACUCCAGUUUGAGGGGAAAAGUCAACCUGUUAAAUAAACAUCUCAUAAAAGUGCCAGCUCAAAAAAAAAUUUUCCCUAAUGACUCCCUUAUAAAAAGAACCUAUAUCUUCCAAAAUGUUUAUAGCAACUCUCUUUGUGGUAGCAAAGAACUGGAAAAUUGAGGGGGUCUUAUCCAUUGGGGAAUGGUUAAGGAAAUUAUGGUAUGAUUGUUAUAGAAUACUACUGUACCAUAAGAAAUAAUAAGCAGAUUAAUUUUUUAAAAAACUUAUAAAGAAUUACAUAGUACAAUGAACAGCAAAAAUGAAUAGAGUAGAACAAGAGAGUAUAUAGCUACAGAAUUAAUACUUGAAGAGUAACUUGUGAAUGUCACUUUCAAGAGAAUGAACUGAAAAAUGGAAACAAGUAAGACAUAAUCUAUAUAUACAUAUGUGGGGAGGAUAGGGAUAGGCUGAGAUACUUGUAAAUAAAUUCUAAUGAUAAGAAAAUGAAAAAAUAAAAGUAGUGUCCAGAAAAUUAAAAAAAAUUA